GCUGAUCGACAAGGUAUUAAUCAAAUUUUAAGGUUUUUAAAAAAUCUGGAAGUCUACAAAUUUUACAAAAUAGCAUUACGUGAAAACAAUCAAAAUGGGCAACAAAAACAGUUGUUGUGUAUAUUCUAGUCCACAACUUGGUCGCAAAGAACUAUCGACGGAAGGUGGCGACAAAGGCUUUCAGGAGCAUCUUCCCGAGGGUGAGAUCAGUAUCAAUAAUCUUCAACAUAUAAGUGAAAGAGAGCCUGAAGAUUGGGACUCUGAUCCAUCAUUACAUCCUUGUGCUGGUACUAUUUUUAUGGAACGUUCCAAACAAGCUAUUGAAAAUGGAUUAGUUAGAAAAAAAAGUCAAUACCAAAUAGCAGAUAUAAGACCUCUUAAAAAAAGCAGCAGUUGUAGUACAAUAUAUUUAGAUGAUAGUACAGUUUCUCAACCCAAUUUAAAAAAUACUGUCAAAUGUGUAGCCCUAGCAGUGUAUUAUAAUAUUAAAAAUAGAAUAUCAAAUAGACAUAUUGAUAUAUUUGAUGAAAAACUGCAUCCUUUAACCCGCGAUGGUGUGUCUGAGGAUUAUGAUAAACAUAACCCAGAACAUAAGCAAAUCUAUAAAUUUGUACGAACUCUAUUUAAUGCUGCACAGCUAACAGCUGAAUGUGCCAUUAUAACUUUGGUUUAUCUUGAACGUCUACUUACAUAUGCUGAAAUAGACAUAACACCAUCAAAUUGGAAAAGAAUUGUGUUAGGGGCAAUUCUCCUAGCUUCAAAAGUGUGGGAUGAUCAAGCUGUAUGGAAUGUUGAUUAUUGUCAGAUAUUAAAGGAUAUAACUGUAGAAGAUAUGAAUGAAUUAGAGAGACAAUUUUUGGAAAUGCUUCAAUUUAAUAUAAAUGUUCCUUCAAGUGUAUAUGCUAAAUACUAUUUUGAUUUACGCACACUUGCUGAAGCAAAUGAAUUAACAUUUCCAAGUGAACCAUUAAGCAAAGAAAAAGCUCAAAAACUUGAGGCAAUGUCUAGAGUAUACGAAGAUAAAGUUAUGUCUGAAGUUUUACGAAAUGGUAUUAAAAAAUGGUCUAGUUUAGACAAUAUAUAUAUAGGUGGACCCAGGCGCAGUAUAGCUAUUUUAUCUUAAAAAAAAUUCUUUUACAAUUAAAAUUGAAUUUGGUUUC